AUGUCUCUCGUUUCCGGGCCCGGGCGCGCUGCUGGGAUGGCCAGCCUGCCCAGCGAGAUGCACCUCUUCGUCGACAGGCACGUCGCCUACAUCCAGAGCCUCGACACUCGCAAAGAUGAGCUCGAGUACUGGCUCACCGAACAUCUGCGCCUCAACGGCCUCUACUGGGGACUGACGGCCCUGCAUCUCCUGGGCCGCCCAGACGCCCUUCCACGCGCUCCCAUCCUCGACUUUGUCAUCUCGUGUCUGCAUGAUCAUGGCGGCCUCGGUGCUGCGCCGGGCCAUGAUGCCCAUAUGCUCUAUACCGUUAGUGGCGUGCAGAUACUCGCGACGCUUGACGCUUUCGGUGAGCUUGAAGAGCGCAUCCCCGGCGCCCGUCUGAAAAUUGCAAAAUUCAUCGCCGAUUUGCAAGAUCGUGAGACGGGCACCUUUGCAGGCGACGAGUGGGGCGAGCAGGAUACCCGCUUUCUCUACGGCGCCCUAAAUGCCCUGUCUCUCAUGGGCCUGCUUGAACUCGUAGAUGUCGACAAGGCCGCUCAAUACGUCAACUCGUGCGCCAACUUUGACGGCGGAUACGGUACCAGCCCCGGUGCCGAGUCGCACUCUGGUCAGGUGUUCACGUGUGUUGGCGCACUGACCAUCGCGGGGAGACUCGACCUUGUCAACCAAGAAAAGUUGGGCGCCUGGCUAAGCGAACGACAGCUCAAGAACGGAGGCCUCAACGGCCGGCCAGAGAAGAAGGAAGACGUCUGCUACAGCUGGUGGGUCAUGAGCAGCAUGGCCAUGCUAGACAAGCUGCACUGGAUAGACGGUCAGAAAUUGACGAGCUUCAUCCUGCAGUGCCAGGACCCGGACCUGGGUGGUCUCGCAGACCGGCCUGGCGACAUGGUCGACGUCUUCCACACCGUCUUUGGAAUCGCUGGUCUCAGUCUGCUGAAGUAUCCCGGUCUGGAAGAGGUAGACCCCGUGUACUGCAUGCCUCGCUCAGUGACCCGUAGAUGCUUAGUGCAGCCUCGUCAGGCUUUCGGCAUGGCCAACAUUCCGCUGCACUGCAACAUUUGCCCCAAGAAGCCAAACUUCAGCGAUGUCUCGCAUCUACUCACCCACAUCGCCAGCAAAGGCCACUUAUCCAACUACUACAAGGUCAAGGUCCGCUCCACCAACGAGGAUGCAUCCCGCCGGCUCAUUGAGACGUACGACCAGUGGUAUGCCGAAUGGGCUGUCGAAGAGCUCAUGUCGGACCGGAUGAACCAGAAGGACAAACGCCGUACCCGCGCGAGACCCGCUGCCCGGCCGACGCCUCCGGUCAAGAUCGAGGCCCCCGCGCCACGUCCUCUACGUCGCGCCGCCGCAAGCGCUCUCCUCGAUCCACGCCUGUCGGAGCAGCAGCACACAAUGAUCAAGCUAGAGCAGUCACCUUCUCCGACGCCGCAACCUCACGGCCCGGUCCUCCGCAACCGCAAUACCUUCGCACCUCAUAUGCAGUACUGGCCUACAGAGUCUCGCGCCAGCUCUCGCAGCUAUACAAACCCAGACUAUGAUACUUCCAGUGAAUACUCCGAUCCGAGCGAGCAGCGUCGGAGGUCAUACCGGUACAACGCUGCGGCUUCGUGUGCCGUUGAAGAUGAACCUGCUGAGGUCGCAGAUCCGAUGGCUGUCAGCGAGUCGACCAAACUCAAAGGUGUCUACUGGCCUGGCAUGGACAUCUUCGACUCUGCUACCCCAGAGAUGCGGCGUAAGAGGAACCAAAAGAAGGACAGCUCUGUCGUCGAACAGCUGGAGCUCAACUCACAAGUAGUCGAAGCAACUGAGCUCAUCUUCACACCGUUGGGAUCUUUCAAACGCCAGCGCAGGAUCUCUUGCUCGGAGUCUGACGAAGAGGAUGAGGUCGAGAUCAAGACUGAGAGCCCCCAGCCUGUACGUCGGCGACCUGCACUCGCCAGUCUUGAUGCAAACACUACUCGCCGCUCUACUAGACAGUCCAAGCGGCCCGUGUUUCCUAUUCUCAGCCGCAACCAAUACGAUGAUGAUCGCGGCCGUCCUGGCUACGACCAUAGUCGCAACAACCGUGCUCCGAAGCGGAAGCAGUUUGACGUUUACCAAGACGAGGAUGACGUUCCAUUCUCGCAGCCCAAUGGCAUGAACUAUCUUACAUCUGGCUUCACUCACCAAGCAUCUCCAUCUCCUGCACCUGCAUUCAACUCUUACAAACCCUUCAACGACCCGUUCCAGUAUGAUAACAAGGAGAAUGUUCUACCUUCGUUCCAUCAAACGGCUUAUGGUAACUUUCAUGGCCAUCAGAACAACGCCUACCAGUAUCCCACCUACUCCUACGGCAUUGGGCCUGAUCAACAGGCCUUCCAGUACACCAGCCAUCUCUACAACACCGCAAGCGCCUACCAGCAACAGGACCAAGAUGACGAUGACCAACGUACCAUCACAGCUCCACCUUCGCCGUCUACAAGCUAA